AUGUCUGUCAUGGGAGAACACAGCUCUUCGGAGCUCACCAUGACCGUUCUCGGUUGUGGAACCAUGGGUAUCGCCAUCCUCAACGGCAUCUUCACUUCCCUGCUGGAGAUGCAGGCUCCCAAGCCUCUCCAGACCCUCCACACUCCUUCGGCAUCGGGCACAUCCACCCCCUUGGGCGACGAGGUCCCCCAUCGCCUACCAUCCCGCUUCAUCGCCUGCGUCCGUCGCUCCGACAGCGCCAAGAAGGUGAAGAAGGCGCUGUGGGAGCACUCCUCCAUCCUCAAGGUCGUCCAAAACGACAACGUCAACUCCGUCUCCCAGUCCGACGUCGUCAUCCUCGCCUGCAAGCCUUACAUGGUCAAGGACGUCCUCAGCGAACCCGGCAUGACCCGCGCCCUGCACGGCAAGCUCCUGAUUAGCAUCUGCGCCGGCCUCACCGAGGAGCACCUCGAGGAGAUCCUCCACGGCGCCGUCCCGACAAAGGACCCCGAGGAGGAUGGCCGCUGCCGCAUCAUACGCGCUCUCCCCAACACCGCCUCCCUCAUUCGCGAGAGCAUGACCGUCAUCGGCGCGCCCACCUACCCCUUACCGCGCGAGGCCGCCAACCUCGUUACCUGGAUCUUCAAGCGCAUCGGUGACGUCGUCUACCUGCCCGCCGAGAACAUGGACGUCAGCACCGCCCUCUGCGGCUCCGGCCCAGCGUUUUUCUCGUUGGUUCUCGAGGCCGCCAUCGACGGCGCCGUCGCCAUGGGUCUCCCGCGCGCCGAGGCCACGAGGAUGGCGGCGCAGACUAUGAAGGGCGCCGCGGGCUUGGUCCAGAACGGUGACCACCCUGCUCUCCUCCGCGAUAAGGUUACUACGCCUGGCGGAUGCACUAUCGGUGGUCUUUUGGUGCUCGAGGAGGGUCGUGUGAGGGGCACUGUCUCACGUGCCGUGCGUGAGGCUACUGUUGUUGCCGGCCAGCAGGGCCAGGGCAUUCAGGGGGUGAACGGCACUCGUUUCGUUUCGCAGUCGGGAUAUCCUCAGUUCUGA